AUGAAGAAAUACGCUAUCGUGGGCACCGGCGGUCGUGCGAUAUUCUUCUAUUCAGCCCUCGUCACUGACUUCUCUUCCACGGCCCAGCUGGUGGCCUUCUGCGACAGCAAUGCCACUCGCAUGGCAUAUGCAAACUCGCGCCUGGAGGCACUGGGUCAUUCCGCCAUCCCCACGUACGUCCCGAGCGAUUUCGACCGCAUGAUCCGAGAGACCAAACCGGACGAGAUUAUUGUCACGACUAUCGAUCGCACGCACAACGAAUACAUCGUGCGGGCUCUGGAACUGGGCUGUAGUGUCAUUACCGAGAAGCCGAUGACCAUCGACGUCCCGCGAUGCCGACAGAUUCUCGACGGCGUUGACCGGACCGGAGGGCGCGUGCGUGUCACCUUCAACUAUCGCUACGCGCCGCACAACACCAAGGUCUACGAGCUUCUCUCAUCCGGGGCUAUUGGUCAGGUUAACUCAGUGCACUUCGAGUGGAUGCUCAACACGUCGCAUGGAGCCGAUUACUUCCGGCGCUGGCACCGGGACAAACGGAACAGCGGCGGCCUCCUGGUACACAAGUCCACCCACCACUUCGACCUAAUCAAUUUCUGGCUGCAGAGCCACCCUGAGGCGGUCGUCGCUAUGGGUGAUUUGCGGUUCUAUGGGAAGGAGAACGCAGAGAAACGUGGGGUCACCAAGUUCUACUCGCGCGCUCAUGGGAGCGAAAACGCCCGCGAGGAUCCGUUCGCUUUGCACUUGGAUCAGAAUGAACAGCUGAAGGCAAUGUAUUUGGACGCGGAGAAGGAGGAUGAAUACUACCGGGACCAGAGCGUUUUUGGUGACGGGAUCAGCAUCGAAGACACGAUGGGUGUGAUGGUACGGUAUCGGUCUGGUGCCGUGCUAACCUACAGCCUAACCGCAUAUGCUCCUUGGGAGGGCUUCCGGGUCUGCUUCAACGGCAGCCAAGGACGACUGGAAGUGGAGGUGGUGGAGCAGUCGUAUGUCAACUCAGGUGGCGAGCAGUCUCUGGAGGGCGCUCUAGAGAGCCGCUCUAUCCUGCUUCGUCCAAUGUUUGGAAAGCCUGUCGAGAUCGAAGUACCGCACGGAUCCGGGGGCCAUGGCGGGGGGGAUCCGCAGCUGUUGAAUGAUUUAUUUGGCGAUGCACCGGUGGAUCAGUGGCGCCGAGCUGCCACACAUAUUGACGGGGCACGUUCGAUCUUGACGGGUAUAGCUGCGAACCUCUCGAUGCAGAGAGGGGAAAUUGUUCGAGUAGACGAUAUUCUCAAGAUUUAA